GCGUCGCCGGAGCGCAAUGCAAUGGCGCAAGAACAAGUCAGAACUGGUCGGAGGAUGCAAUCCGGGCUCUCCGUGUAUCCGCUUUGAUGUCGGGAACUUUCAGGCGGGCAAUCUUGAACGAUCAAUCGCCAUUCUGUUAAAGACCAUUGCGAAGUUUCUUACAUCUACCUCAGCCACGGACAAUAAGCCUAUAUUCGUCUCCAAGAUGUCGUCCUCAUCUGGGGGCACAACGGACAGCGAGCGGGACGUCCUGUUCAAGAAGUUCAAGAAGGAAGGAAGAGAGCACCUCAUGCAUGGUCAGCUUAAAGAAGCCCUGGAAUGCUACAAGAGGGCACAUGGACUCAAGGCAGACAGCAAGCUCAGAGACAAGAUCAACAAAAUGGAGCAGUUCCUGCAAUCUGGAGCAGACGACGAAGAAGAAGCCGGUGACAUGGUCGAAGUUGGCAACGGAUUCUACCUCUAUGUGGGCAUCGAGAAGAGGUUGUACGCCUAUCAAAAGGAAAGCCUGCUGUGGAUGUGGAAGCUCUUCCUCAGAAAGCGGGGCGGUGUGCUCGGUGACGACAUGGGCUUGGGAAAGACCAUCCAGGUGAUCGCCUUCUUGUCCGGGAUGUACGACGCCGAGCUGAUCAGGUGUGUCCUCCUGAUCAUGCCCGUGUCCUUGAUGCCCAACUGGAAGAAGGAAUUCCAGUCCUGGGCACCCGGCAUCAAGGUGUACGACUAUCACACGGGGAGCAGGCAGGAGAGGGAGCGCAACCUGGCCCGCGCCCAGAAGAAAGGGGGCGUGCUCAUCACCAGCUACGGGAUGCUCCAGCACAAUUCCGAACUGCUGGGCAUUCACAACGGCCGGCAGUUCACGUGGUGCUACCUGGUGCUGGACGAGGGUCACAAGAUCAAGAACCCCACAAAGACAACGAAGGCCGUCUACGAGAUCCCCGCCAAGAACAGGCUGGUGCUGACGGGAACGGCGAUCCAGAACAACCUCCGCGAGCUCUGGGCGCUGUUCAACUUCACGCACCAGGGGACGCUGUUGGGGUCCCUGUCCACUUUCAAGGUCCAGUACGAGACCCCGGUCAACCGUGCCCGCGAGAAGGAUGCCACCGCUGGGGAGAGGAGGCUUGGCAUCGAGAUAGCGCAGGCCCUGAGGAAGAAGAUCGCGCCGUUCUUCCUCCGGAGGACGAAAGCGGACGUCCUCGAGAACAAGGAGAACGGCGACACCAAGUCGCUGGUACCCAAGCUGGUCUUCACGGCCAAGAAGAACGACCUCGUAGUGUGGACUUUCCUGUCGCACCUGCAGAAGAAAAUCUACACCGAGUUUCUGGAGUCCGACGAGGUCGAGCGGAUCCUCAUGACCAGGAAGUCGCCCCUGGUGCAGCUGACCGUCCUCAAGAAGAUCUGCGAUCACCCGAGGCUGCUCUCGAAGCGGGCGUGCGUCCAGCUGGGCAUGCACGAGGACAUGACGCAGGAAGAGAUCGAGGAGUUCAUCGACAACGACGAGGGGGCGGCCAUGGACAUUGCCAGCGUCUCGGACGAGACCCUCCUCGAGGAGUCCGGAAAGAUGAUGUUUGUCCUGCACCUCCUGCUGGAACUGAAGCGCACCGGCCACCGAACGCUCUUCUUUUCCCAGUCGAGAAAGAUCCUGGACAUCAUGCAGAGGAUAUUGGUUAACAGGGCUUUCAGGGUGACGCGCCUCGACGGCACCGUCACGAAGAUGAUUGAGCGUGACCGUCUGGUGAGCCAGUUCCAAGAAAGGGCGUUCCACGAAGUCUUCCUCCUCACCACGCAGGUCGGCGGCGUGGGCCUGACCCUCACGGCUGCCGACAGGGUCGUCAUCUACGAUCCGAGCUGGAACCCCGCCACGGACGCGCAGGCCGUCGACAGGGCCUACCGGAUUGGCCAGACGAGGAACGUCGUCGUCUACCGCCUGGUCACCUGCAGCACCGUGGAAGAGAAAAUUUACCGGCGCCAGAUUUUCAAGGACUCCAUCAUCAAGCAGACGACGGGCAAGCAGCGGGACCCCACCCGCUACUUCACGAGGCAGGAGCUGCGAGAGCUGUUCACCCUCGAGGACCCCACGUACAGCAACACCCAGGUGCAGCUCGAGGAUAUGCACACGCACAACAGGAGGACCGACGAGGGGCUCGAGAGCCACAUAAAGUUCCUGCAGCGGAACAACAUCUUCGGCGUCAGCCACCACGACCUGAUGUUCUCGGAGGAAGAGCAGGAGCCCGAAGAGUUUGUUCCUGGUGAGCUGGAGGGCGUGCAGAGGAGGUUGCAAGAGGCAGAACGACUCAUGGCCGUCGAGACCGAGAUGCUCCUUUCAGAAAUACAGAAGGCCGAAGACUACACUGUUCCCAUGAACAUCACUGUCAGGAACAGGGAGCCCGGACAGAGUGUGCCCAAAUCGCCAAACCUGUUCCCAAUAAUCGUACCUGAUGACGAUGACGACAUUGCUGACGUUCCCGAACGUAAAGACGUUAAACCCGUCCUGAUUCCAGUGCCGUGCACUACUAUAGAAGAAUCCAUCGAUUUGGACGGCGUGGAUCCGGUGAAGAAGACUCUUGGGAAUCUAACAGUGAAGGGAGCGAACAGGAACGACAGCAUAGUCCUGUACGGCUCCGAUGAUGAGCUCUUCCCCGACGACGACGCUCCCCCCACUUACGUCAUUGAUGAUUCAUCCGACGGGGAGGACACCAGGGACAUCAAGCCCGUUAUUAAACGGGAGACCGCGACACAAGGUGUCCCAAUGACCCUCGAACUUGCGGACGACGACAAACGCGGAGUUAUAAAGCAAGAGCCCAUGGUGCCUGUUGCUGUGAAAUCUGAACCACUUUCACAGCAUCCCGAUGUGCCUUUGCAAGAAGCAGUUCCCGUAGCCAUAAAGGAAGAAGUCGUUUCGAGCGUGAAAGAAGAACCUGGAGUGGGUGGUGCCGACCUCGUGCCGACGAAAGUGGAAGGUCUUGAAAAUGCCUCUCCUUUCUGUACUCCCGACACAAAGCCGUCGGAGAAACUGGGUGGAUCUCCAGUCUGCAGCCAAGACAGUAGUACCUACUGUACUCCUUUGACAACUUCACCACAGAGAACCACACCAUUGAAAGAGACUCUCACAGAUGUAAAAAGGCCCUUUUCAUUCUGUGGUGCUGAGACGAGCCCAUUUCAGGAACCAGAAGAACGGAAACCACCUGAACCAGCCGUAAUCUUGGAGGACGAAGACGACGACGAAGAAGAAGAAGAAGAAGAAAACAGCCCAUUAGUCCACGCCGGCCGUAGAAGAUGGCAUAAGAGGGUUUACAGUUCUGAAGACGAAGGCUCUGGCACCGAACUCGCUUCUGAUGACGGAAGCGAAGGCUGCAUGUCAGCAACUCCAAGAAACGGAACAUGGCACAGUGUUUCCUCAUCCGAUAAUGAAUCUAACUCAGAGGAUGAGAUGAUAUCACAAGACGAAGAUGAUGCAUGGGAGAGUAUCUCCCAGUCUCUGCCGUCAACACAGUGACGUUGGCGGGAUCCCAAAGCCUGUAGAUAAAGGUAGAUUAUGUCACAAAAGUCAUACAUAUCACUCAAGUAAAUAACGUCAUAAAUAUCAUACAUGGAACAUACAUAGUGGCACGUUUUCUAAUUGUAGGAUAAUGCACCAGGGAAGUGUGUUCUCCCGUUGUUCUAAUGCAAGUAUGACAUUUGUCAACACUUCAGUCGACAGACCAGAUUGUAUAUUGUCAACACUUCAGUCGACAGACCAGAUUGUAUAUUUUAUUGUCGCAGCUUCGUUUUCCUUCAGCUCUAGGAGUAACACAUUCUACGCUGUUCUGUAAUAUACGUAGUACCGUAUCGUAAUCUUACGCUUUUAAAUAAAUUAGUUGGACACUCAUA